AUCUCGCGUUGCGCAGGCGCAUGUCAGUUUAUUGAUUGUGAGUUAAAGUGAUAGUGCUCAACCAAGAUGCGGUUAUAUGUAACGUUCUUCCUGCUGAUGGUGGCAGUUAAUGGAGAAUUUGAUAACAAAAGAAAUCUAAUAAAAACAGAAAAUAAUGCUUUGAAGAAACGUGCGCCGGCUCUGUCUACAGUGAGCUCGCCAGCGAAUGCGGGAGUGGAGUAUGCAGACACAAAACAACAGCUGGCGGAUAAGUCUCCCUCACAGCGUGAGUACGCGACGCCAGCGCCACAGUUCUCCAAGUUCUCCGACUUGCUGGCGGGGCAGGCACCCUCAUACCAGGCCGCCAUCGCCAGCCAGCUCUUCUCCCCCGUCUCCGUGUACCAGCCUCGCACUGGAACACCAACAACAUAUGAAGUGUCUGCCCCUGUACCAUCACAGCUGGCUUACAGCGAGCAUUUUCAGCAGCCCAACUUACAAUACAACUCUCAAGUCUACAAUUCAAAACUACCCACACAACCAGAGAUUUCACAGCAGGACGUGUUAGCCCAGACCCAACAAAUAUAUAAUCAACAGCCCUUACAACAAGCGUAUCAACAGCAACCUGCAUAUCAACAACCUUUGCAACAAACGUAUCAACAACCUUUGCAACAAACAUACCAACAGUUGCCCCAAACAAUACAAUCUCAGGCCCCACAGUUAAGUUACAAUCAAAUAUCACCAGCUCAGUUCUCAGCGCAGCAGUAUAAACAGCUAGAGAACCAACCAGCUGUUCAAGCGCUCCAGUAUCAGCAAUCGCCUAAGGCAUUUUACUCUGACAAUCAACAUAGUUUGCUCGCUUCCCAGUAUAACUUGGCACCUCAGCAGUAUUACUCGGAUGGUCAGCAGCAGUAUCAACAGCCUUACGUACAGGAGCAACCUGCCCAGAAUGUCCAGUACAUCCAGCCAGCAGUAACAUACAGACAGGACGACACUCAACAGAAAGUGUACAGUCAACCUGCACAGAGCAGCGCCCUUGAGAGACAACAGUUUGUGGCACAGAAUUAUCAGACGCAGCCUCAAGGUCCAGUGAGCUUCACGAAAAUCUCACAAGAUCAAGCUCAGUCUGUUGUACAUCAUCCGUUAUAUCAGCAGAACGUUCAGCAAGCGCCUUCCCAGGGAGGACACGAGAAUCUCUCGUACUUCAGACCUGGUCCUCAACUUCAAAUUCAACCUCAAGUAUUGGGACAAAACCAGCCACAGUCGUACCAACCACAGGUGAACUCAAACCCUAAUUCAGGGUACAAAGGUCAAUCUGCAGCAGCCGCUCCCACAUUUCCAGCUGUGCAAUAUUUCGGGAAAUAUGCACAAUCCAUUUUCAAUAAAAACCAACAAUGAUAGUAUAACUAAUCUUAAGUAAUUCAAACUUUCGUGAGACAUUAUACUAAGCUGAUAUAUAAAAACGACUAAACACUCACGUAUAUUCGUCCGGUGACGGCACCAACUAGUUUCGAACCCAUCGGGGGCCCUUCAUCAGGAUGAGUGGUACUGGUAUUAUUUCGCGGACGCGGCCCUCAGCUCAAUCCUAAUCUUAAGUAGUAGUAAAAAAUAUGGUAUUAUUGGUUCUAAGAACUUAUCAUAUGAAAGUGUAAAUAAAUUCACGAUAUAAAUAACUUUAUUGUAAAUUAUGUGAAAGUAUUUAAAUAUAAACACUAUUAUGUACUUAAUGUUAAUAUCUUAUGAGAAAUCACCGCAGUACAUCAUCUUCAAUCAUCUCCUCUAUCACAUACAAACAAAUCUCAUCAGCAUUUUAUCACUUCAUAUUUUCACAAACAACAAUUUGAAUGAGCGUAACAUUAUCAUCAUUUCUUUGCACUUUUCUAAUUCCUUCCAUUAUAAGUA